CCUUUACACUGCAAAAUGGAAUCCGACAAUUUCGAUCUUGCCUGCCCACACAACUAGAAACCGCUUUCAAUUUUUCAAAUCUGAAUCUCAGAAAAAUUCUCCGAUCGCGGCCGGCUCCCCCAUUUGAUCGGCUUCGAUUCUUCCGCUUCUCCGUUUCUCCGUUUCUCCGGCGGUCCAUGGCGGCUCCGGCUGACCGCCUCCCUCCCGUCUCGACGUUUCCCGGCCCCGGGAUUUGUUUUGACGUUGAUCCCGUGGAGACCCAGCCUUUGCUUUCGAGGAUGCUGAAUUAUCCGCUUGGGAUUAUUCACCACCCGUUGCGCCGCCGCCUCGGUGCAGCGAAGCCCCAACUGCCGCGGCGCCAGCAGUCUUUUAGCCAAGAGUGUUGCCAUGCUGCCAAAGAAACCGUUCUUCUUACUCGGUUGAGUUUCACUCUCCUUCGAUCUCUCGGGGUAGGGUACCGGUGGGUCGUAAGAUUAACUGCACUUGCAAUAUAUGCCAUUCUGCUUAUGCCGGGUUUUCUUCAAGUUAUGUAUGAUUAUUACUACUCAAGUCAGGUUCGGAGGGAUAUUAUUUACGGAGAUCAACCAAGAAAUAGCUUGGAUUUGUAUUUACCUAGAAAUACUGAUAAAAAAAGACCAGUUGUGAUAUUUGUUAGUGGCGGAGCUUGGAUUAUCGGGAAUAAAGCAUGGGGAGCUCUACUGGGACUGCAGUUGGCAGAGAGAGAUAUCAUUGUGGCCUCAAUUGACUAUAGAAACUUUCCGCAGGCUACAAUUAGUGACAUGGUGAAAGAUGUUUCUAAAGGAGUUUCAUUCGUUUGCAACAAUAUAGCAGACUAUGGAGGAGAUCCGAAUAGAAUCUUUCUGAUGGGACAAUCAGCUGGUGCACAUAUUUCUGUUUGUGCCCUCUUGGAGCAAGCAAUCAAAGAAGCUGGAAAAGGAGAUAGUGUAGAUUGGAGUGUCUGCCAAAUAAAAUCUUAUUUUGGUUUAUCUGGAGGUUAUAACUUACUGAAAUUAAUUGAUCACUUUGAUGGUCGGGGCCUAUAUCGUUCCUUAUUUUUGAGCAUAAUGGAAGGUGAACAAUCUCUGUCCCAAUUUUCCCCUGAAAUAAGAAUCCAAGAUCCUAGCUUUAGAGAUGUCAUAUCCAGCUUACCUUCUUUUGUUCUUUUCCAUGGCACUGCUGAUUAUUCGAUCCCAUCAGAUGCCAGUGAAUCUUUUGCGGAGACACUUGGAAAAGCAGGGGCACAAGCUGACCUCUUUCUCUACGAGGGAAAAACUCAUACAGAUUUGUUCCUUCAGGAUCCUUUUAGGGGAGGCAAUUACGAACUUUUUGAUGACAUAGUUGCCAUAUUACACGCUUGCGAUGAGGAAGCUUUAGCAAAGGAUUCCAUGGCACCGCCAAAACCGCGCCUUGUUCCUGAGAUUUUGAUAAGAUUGGCUCGAAUGGUUAGCCCUUUCUGAAGCCUUCCUUUUUCUCUCUGUGUAUUGGCUAUGUAUAUUUUACUCUAGAAACUCCUGAAUCCAAUCUGCAAUUGCAGUUGUAGGAGAGCAUUCAGAACUUCUAUUCAUUGUAGCAUUAAUGCUAUUGUUGGUUUAGAAGUAGUAAGCCUAAGAUUACCCAUUGAUUAUGUAAUAUUUCUUGAAUGUUCAUCAAUAUAACAUUAACAUUCACUGAUUCGCUUAUUCGAUUUCGA